AUGAAGCGUAAAUCUUUGCUCCGACCAUUAAGAGACAAAUCUUUACUUAAUCCACAAGGUACUGAGGCGUGUAGCUUACAAGGGUCUUUUUCUUCAUUAUUACUUUACUUAAUCCAUUCAUUUGGCCUGAAUAUCUUUCAGCUUUCUAUUUGGUUCCAUCAAUUCCUUUCUGCUGCUGAAAUAAUUCUUCAUAGCUUUCUCUUUUACUUCCUUUUUGACUCUUUAAUUUUUCCUCUUUUAUUUCAUUCUUUUCCUUUUUUUUCUUUUCUUUUUCUUUUCUUUUUCAUUUCUCGUUUUGGUCUUCUUUUAUGUUCUACUUCCUUCCACCUUUAUUUUUUUUUCUUUUCAUUCUUUCAUUUUUCUUUUGCUUCUUCAUUUUCUACCGUUUCUUCUUUUUCUCUAAAUUUAUCUCCUGUCUUUUUCUUUCCCUUUUUUUCCUUCUUUUCUCAUUUAUUUUUUACUUGCUUCCUUUCUGUUAUUCUUCCUUUCAUAUUUCUUUGGCGGGCUUUUUAUUCCUUAUUUUUCUUUCAUUUCUUCAUUUUCCCCUUUAUUUCUAUGUUUUCUCUUAUUUUUUCAUUUUCUCUGUGGAUUAAGAUUUUGCUAUAUUAUUUCCUAUUUUUCUUCAUUUCUUAUACUUCCUUUUCUCUUUUAUUCCUUUCUUUUUUUUCUUUCUUUCGCUACUGCAUUAUUCUUUUUUCUUUGCAUAUUAAUUAUUUUCAUAUUUUUCAUUCUCUUCAUACAUUGAAUGCAUUACCAAAUUUCAAUAAACAAUAUUCGUUCCUUGUCUUUCUAACUGCUUGUGAUGAUACCUCUGUUUGGAACUUAAAAACAGUUAUUAAGUGUCCCUGUCAAGAGAGAAACUCCUUCCUUAAACUCCUUUCCGUUUUCCUCUUCCAUUUCUUUCUUCAUUUGUUUUACAUUUUUCUUCUUUUUUAUGAUCAUUCUUUUACUUCUUCUACUCUUCAUUCAUCUUUUCUGCACUUCCUUGAUUCCCUGCGUAGGCCAGAAAAAGUGAGUCCGAUAAGGAAUCCUUGA